CCCCAACCCAACUAAUGAUGACAGCUUGAACUUGUCUGAACUGAUGUCUACGCUAAAAGGAACAUACAAAAGGCACAUAAGAGCUCUGGAAAACACUGAGACCCUUGCACAUUUUUCUUAAAAUACAAUUUCCACAUUUACUAUGGCAGCAAUUCCAUUCGAGAGUCUGUUGAAUUCCAACACCGUAAUGUUCUACUGAAUGAGGUACUGAUUAGGUGAUCACCUAAACGUGCGAAGACAGUUCUAAACAGGCUCAUAGGGGCAGGGCUGAAGUUGUGCAAAGCUAGAAAAUAGCCCUUCAUCACUGAGAAGCAAAGAAGAGCCAGGCUGAGGUUUGCAGAAUACUACAGCUGCUUUCAAAACAUGGUGCUGCUCUGUACAGGAUACGGUGGUCUGUCUAGGGCACUAAUACUGCAUGGUUUCGGAACAAAUGUGGUCAAUUCCAGGACAUAUUCUUCCCUCAGAGCCACUUCUAAACCACGGCUGUCUCUCUACAGAGAAUACUCAUUAUCCAAAGCUAGGCAAGGAAUUGGACGAGAAGUUACGACCAGGCUUCAGUCGGUUAAUGAAAAGUAUGAAGGCUUCCUUAAAAGGCGUUUCCCCCGAUUCUACGUGCUCUAUCACACCUUUAAGAAAGGUUUCCAGCUUCUUUUCCAAGAUGCUAAUGAGGUGAAAAUGAUCAAAAUGAGGAUGAUUACUCAAAAUAUCCAAGUCCAGGACCUGCCCUAUCGGGAUAUGGAGAAACUUAGGAAGUUUCGCAGAGACUUAAUCAAAGGGAUUCCGCUGGUGAUGAUCUCUAUUCCUCCCUUUGCCAACUACCUGGUUUUUGUACUUAUGUACAUUUUCCCUCGUCAGCUCCUGAUCCCCCAGUUCUGGACACCCCACCAGCAGGCAGACUUCCAGGUAGUGUACCACUCACACAGGGCCCAGCACUAUGGGGCUGUGCUACAGAGACUUAAAAUGGCAGGUUCCAAUACCAAAGAUGGACACCUCCAAAGAAACCUUCAAGACCUCUGUUCCAAGGUGCAAAGGGGAGUACACCCCAAUGGGUCUGAAAUCCUUGCAUUACGAGGCUUGUUUUCUGGACCCCCACUGGAUAUUAAUAGACUGAGUGCAGAUCAUAUGAGACAUCUCAGCCCCGUGCUUUUCCUGACUCAUCGCCUCCCCUCUUUUCUGAUUGGUCAUCGUCUGAGAAGCCACACCUUGGAGCUGCUGCAGCUUGACCGUGCUCUCAGUAAACUAGGCCUCCACCAGCUGAGUGACUCUGAACUGAGACAGGCUUGCUACACAAGAGGACUCAAUUCAGACAUACUGAGCCUAAACCAGCGCCGUGAAUGGUUGUCAAACUGGCUUCAGCUAUCCACUCGUCUAAAAGAAUCUGAGAUCUCGCUGCUUUUGCACAGCAUGGUUUUGCUCUCCGCUAACUACCCAAAGCACAACCACCACUGAUUGGAAGUAAACUGAUGAGCGAUUUCACACAUGCUUGAUUGGGCAACAAGGGGUGUCAACCUCGGCUGUAUACAAAGGAGGCAUCACUCCAGUUAAGCAACAGGCACCUCUCAUAUUCAGAAGGCUAAACUUGAAUGCUUUAUAUAGAACAAAUGGUGAUUGUGACAAAUGUUAUGGGCAACAGUUGCAAUAUUCCAGACCAGGCAUCAUUUCAGUCUGGGAUACAAUUGGGAUUCAAAGAUUGAGAACAGGUAGUGUUGUCAAAACAGUCAAUGCCAACAAUACAUGUGUCCUGUUAGUUCAGUGUGUCACAUGAGUCAGAAAGAUUUGUCAGGACACAUUCCAAAGUGCAUUUAGGUCACAUGUAUCACUCCGAACACAGCUAGUCUUGCUGUUUUUUAUAGUUGUGAAAUUAUUAUUUUUUGCAUUCCUAUGAAUUUCCUUCAGCUUUUGACAUUCUCAUACUGAUGUGGCCUUCCAAUUCUCCAGAUCACAAUCCUAAUUGUUAAUUAUACGUGGCUUUGUUAGCACUUGGACAGUCACAUUGUAAACUUUAAGGUUGCUCUGCUCUUGGUUAGACAAUGAGUGAUACUUAGAGAAAAAAUAUUUUGUUUUACCAACCUUUUGUAACUACUGCAUAUCUGAAAUAGGGAGUGUCUUUAUCGCUGCCUUCCCCAAAUAACUGCAGUGUUUGAAAAAUAAUCGAUUGUCAGUAUACAUUUGUUGGAUAUUUGCUAUCAGAUAUUUCAUGUUUUUUGCCCCAGGUUAUUGUUUACACAAAAAACCUAAGAUGGAUAUGUGCUGGUGUGGUUGAGUAAACUGAAUCAGUGGCCUUCUGGUUUCAUUUAAAUCAUAUUUGGCAGGAGCUUCUUUUUAAUGAGAA